AUGCAUAUCAUUCUCCUCCUACUGACCUCAGCCCUUCUGGCAAUCGCUACCCCCUCACCGGCGGCGAUCCACGCCCUUCAGCUACGUCAAGACACCUCUUUCCCACAAUCGAUUCCCUCGGCCUGUACAGCCCAAUGCAGCGUCGUUACCGCCAUUACCGGCUGCGGGACAGACUCGAGUAACACCACUUGCUUGUGUAGCAACACAGUGGGGUCCGAGCUGCUCCAGUGUGUAAACUGCGGUGUUAACCUAGGCGGAGUACUGCCGCAGCAAAUCCAAGCUGCCCAGAGCCAGCUGAACAGCUUCGUCUCUGGCUGUUCCUCAGCCGGAGCACCCAUCAGCACCCUAACGAUCGGCAGCACACCCGCCUCGGGGGGAUCGACCCCAUCGACCCCAUCUGCCAGCCCUUCUGCCAGCCCGACAGGCGCAGCGCUCAAGGGGAAGAGGAUACCGGGGGGGAUGGUAGGCCUGCUUGCUGGUGUCGUACUGAGCGUGUGGAUUGUUGGUCUGUAACCCUCUCGUUCGACGCUGUGUCUGAUGGACUAGAUGGGGUUGGGCGAGGAGUGGAGAGUGGGGAGUGUGCGAGGAUCUUGGUGCAUCGAUGUGUUUUGUAGGCUUUGGUUCAUACCCUCGCUUGUGUCCGUUUUAGUAGUAGUAGGCUUAGAUCAGCUCAGCUUUAACUUCGGCUUUCAUUGUAGGUUAUAAUUGCAUCGUAC